AAACCAUGGCGAGAGAAAACCCUUCAACCCUAAUUCUUGGAGAUUCUAUAAGUUUAGCCAAGAUCAAAUCUAAACCUUCCCGUGGUUCUGCCCUUGAGCCAACCAAGAAACAGAGCCAAGACCAAAACUCACCGAGUUUACGCCGUUGGGGCUCGUCCUCCAGUAAACCUGGGAGGCAAAACUGCCUAUGUUCUCCGACGACACACGCUGGUUCUUUCAGGUGCAGACACCACCGUGCUGAUUCCUUGACUCGUGUCGGGUCUAUCGGGUCGAAUCUCGCUGUGCUAUUGUCGUCCAUGUCGGGCCGGUUUAGUGACUCACUCAAGGCUCGGUAAACCGCUAUAGCGGGAUGUGUUCCGUAUAUAAUAAGAACUAAGAAGUGUCGGUUUUGUCAUUGUUUCUGUUGACAUUGAUCAAUAUUAUGAAAAAGAAGAAAAGGAAUAUGAAACCGAUUGAAAUUGGCCUAAACCGAUUCAAGGUAAAUUUUAUCUAUUUUUCGAUGGUUUAAAUUAUAUUUUUAGCAUUUUUAGCUGCACAUCUUGUACGCUUCAUCAAUUAAAAGAAAAUCAAUUUGUACUAUUAAGAGACUAAGCUUGUAAAACCUUAUGAUAUUCAAUGGGUUGAUUAAGCUUGUAAAACCAUCUAUCUAUCUACCUCAUAUAUAUUAAAAGAGAAGCAAUACAACAUUUGAGGUAUC